UUUCGUUAAAUUUUCUUCUGGACUUAAGGUUGCCACACCGUUUUUGACUUCAGGCAACUAAAUUCCCGUGUUUUCUUGAUAACAACCAUGUUUUUGCAUAAGAGAAAUUUAUGCAAAUUGGCAAACAAUGCCGCCAAUUUCGCAACAAGUGCCGGUCGCUUCAGCAGCAACCAACAAUCGCCCAAGACUGCUAUACUUAUGCUAAAUAUGGGUGGACCUCAGCACACAGAUCAGGUCCACGAUUAUUUGUUGCGUAUCAUGACCGACCGCGAUAUGAUUCAACUGCCAAUCCAGAGCAGGCUUGGUCCGUGGAUAGCGCAACGGCGCACGCCGGAAGUGCAAAAGAAAUACAAAGAAAUUGGAGGUGGUUCGCCCAUACUUAAGUGGACGGAGCUGCAAGGUCAGCUGAUGUGCGAGCAACUGGACAAAGUGUCGCCGUCAACGGCUCCCCACAAGCACUACGUUGGUUUUCGUUACGUUAAUCCGUUAACGGAGGACACGCUGGCAAAGAUCGAAAGCGAUAAGCCGGAGCGCGUAGUACUCUUCUCACAGUAUCCUCAGUAUAGCUGCGCCACCUCCGGCUCCAGCUUCAACUCGAUCUUCUCUCAUUACCGUGAAAAUUCACUUCCUGCCAAUAUGAAAUGGAGUAUCAUCGAUCGCUGGGGCACACAUCCACUGCUCAUCAAGACGAUUGCCCAACGCAUACGAGAUGAGCUCGCCAAGUUUGUGGAGACAAAGCGGAACGAUGUUGUCAUUUUGUUCACGGCGCAUUCUCUGCCCCUCAAGGCAGUCAAUAGAGGCGAUGCUUAUCCCUCGGAAAUUGGCGCCAGCGUUCACAUGGUCAUGCAGGAGUUGGGCCAAAGUAAUCCCUAUAGCUUGGCUUGGCAGUCGAAAGUAGGACCGCUGCCUUGGCUGGCACCAGCCACCGAUGAUGCCAUUAAGGGCUACGUUAAGCAAGGCCGUAAGAAUUUUAUACUGGUGCCCAUUGCCUUUGUUAAUGAACACAUUGAAACGCUGCACGAACUGGACAUUGAGUACUGCGACGAGCUGGCCAAAGAGGUGGGCGUAGAAGAGAUUCGACGUGCUGCCGCUCCCAACGACCAUCCGUUGUUUAUCGAAGCACUGAGCAGCAUUGUGGCCGAUCAUUUGCAGUCCACGCAGCCAGUUAACCCAAAGUUCUUAAUGCGCUGCCCGAUGUGCACCAAUCCAAAAUGCCGUGAGAGCAAGAAGUGGUAUCAACAACUCUGCGGGCAUUAAAUAGAAGUAACUUGAAUUUAUUUAUGAAAUGCUCACAUAAUGCACCAUUUGUCUUUUUAAGUGAUUCAGCUUAAAGCUACUAUUAUCAUGUUCAUCAAAAUUGUUUCUUAGUUCCAUUAGUUAAACAUUAAACAUAUUUCAUUAUUCAUUGGGCUCUGGGAUCCUACAAUUUCCUUUGGGUUAACUUCUAUCAGGCAAUAAAAGACACUGCACAGACAA